AGAGGGUUUCUUGGCGAAGCAUUUUUUUUAAUCAAUGAAAGGCUUUAAGGAUCAAAUGGACUAAUAAGAACUAGCUGGGUCGUUAUCGUAGGACGAAAAGAGGAAGAAGACAGAAUUCCAAGUAUUCAACUUAUCCUGACUCCCUGGAGGGGCUAGUUGCAAAGUCCACGGGAAAUAAUAGAUAUAAAAAAAUGAACCCUAUUAGCUUAAAAAAAAAAUAUUAAAAUGCAAGGCUUUCGUGUCGUUCUGGUAGGUACCACAGAGUGGCUUUGCAAAGCUCGAUGUUUGCACCUUUGCAAGAGAGUAGGGCUCCAAGAUGGUUUAGAAUUGGGGGAAGGGCGGGUUAAGAGGCGGGUUUACCCGAAUAUUUGACUCUGGAAUGGUGCAAGUCGAGUAUCAGGUAGUCAGUCAGGUGGUGGCCAGGUUGGUAAAGGGAGUGGGAUAUGCGAUCUCAGCGGGGGCCCAAGUAAGCCCAGGCAGAGGAAAGAAGGAGGGCAGCUUCGUGGAUAAGCCAAGAACGAAUUCCCAAAGCAAUUAUGACGCCACGGCAACCCAGCUAGACAGACGUCAAAGGGCGCGAGGCACAGGCAGCCCCAAACCGAGCUAGGAGCCCCAAGCCGCCUGCCUGCCAAACCCGCACACUGGAACACUAAGUCAGCGUCCUUCUUCCGCGCGCCAGGCGCCGGCCCCGCCCCCGCAGCGCACCACCCCCGCGGGGCUGCUCUGGUCCCACCUCCCGGCUCGUGGGGUCGCUCGGAAGCCACAGGGCCACGGCGCGCGACGUCUCCCUAAGGCCCGCCCACAGGACGAGGGCGCGUUCUCCUUCUCCUCCCCUCCCCGCCCCAGCAGUUCCGUUAGCAGCAGGAGGAAAAACCGUCCUCCCGGUCCCCGCCCCCUCGCCCCCAACGCUUUACUCCCUACUCCCCCCGCGACCACAACACAGCCGGCUACGGAGGCCCCUAACGUACAAAUAUCCCUCUCCCUGUCGUAGGUCCUGUACUCCUGCCGCUCCCUCUGGUCCUAGGGCCCUCCGGCCAACUGCUGUCCGGAACUUAGGCCGGUUCCUUCAAGAGGUAGUAGCUCCUGAUUCCCGUCACGGAAACCGGAGUCUCCUCAGCUGCUACGGCCUCUCCCAACCCUUCCCCCCACCUCGCGGAAUUGUGGCGGGAGGGGGAGGAGGGAGCCAAGGCGCCUGCGCGGAGAGGCCGCUCUCCAUCCGGGUCUCUGUCCGUGCGGUGCAGCAGGUCGGUAGGCGGGAAAUGGCGACUGGCUGAGGGAGCUGCUGUUGCUGCUGCUGCUACUGCUGCUGUUGCGGGGGAAGCGGGAGAGACACCACACGGUGCGCAGCCGGGACCGCCGCCGGAGUCCGAGGACACUUUUCUACCGUCACAGUCAGAAAAAGAAAGUCAGAUCAAAGUGGGAAAAAUACAAGAACGAAAAAAAAAAACAAGCAAACAUCACAACAACAAAAAAAGAUUACUCUUGCAGCUGCAUCAGAAAUCUGAGCGGGAUGACUUGGUUAUUUUAUUUACCAAAGCUGAUUGAAGCAGAUACAUGUGAAGUCAUUGGGAGGUGAACCAUCUCCAAUUCAACAGUUUUACAUGUGGCACCCAUAAAAGAUGAGGCUGAGAACUCGGAAAGCUUCUCAGCAAUCAAAUCAAAUUCAUACACAACGUGCAGUCAAGGCAAAGAGGAAACAUUCAGAGAUUGAAGAUAGUUUACCUGCGGGAGUAGAAAAAACACAGAAGAAUGAAACUGGCUUAUUAUCAUCAAUUAAAAAAUUCAUUAAGGGAAGCACACCCAAGGAAGAGAGAGAAAAUCCUUCAAAAAGGAGUAGAAUAGAACGUGAUAUAGAUAACAACUUGAUCACAUCAACACCUCGGACAGGAGAAAAACCCAAUAAACAGAUAUCUCGAGUAAGACGGAAAAGUCAAGUAAAUGGAGAAGCUGGUAGUUAUGAAAUGACAAAUCAACAUGUAAAACAAAAUGGAAAAUUAGAAGAUAAUCCUGCCACUGGGAGUCCUCCAAGGACUACAUUGUUGGGGACCAUUUUUUCUCCUGUCUUCAACUUUUUCUCACCAGCAAAUAAAAAUGGAACAUCAGGAUCAGAUUCCCCCGGACAAGCUGUGGAAGCUGAAGAAAUAGUAAAACAACUUGAUAUGGAACAGGUGGAUGAAAUCACUACCAGUACAACGACAUCAACAAAUGGAACAGCUUAUUCAAAUCAAGCAGUCCAAGUCAGACCUACAAUAAAUAAUGGUUUAGAAGAAGUGGAAGAAGCAACUAAUCGUGAUAUACCACCUCUUACAGCACCUGUGUCUCCAGAUAGUGGUUAUUCCUCAGCCCAUGCAGAAGCAACCUAUGAAGAAGAUUGGGAAGUAUUUGACCCUUAUUAUUUUAUCAAGCAUGUUCCCCCAUUAACAGAAGAACAACUAAAUAGGAAGCCAGCUCUUCCUUUGAAAACAAGAAGUACACCAGAAUUUUCUCUAGUCUUAGACUUGGAUGAAACACUAGUGCACUGUAGUCUAAAUGAACUAGAAGAUGCUGCACUCACUUUUCCAGUCCUUUUCCAAGAUGUUAUUUAUCAGGUUUAUGUGCGAUUAAGACCGUUCUUCAGGGAAUUCCUGGAACGUAUGUCUCAAAUUUAUGAGAUCAUUCUUUUUACUGCUUCUAAGAAGGUGUAUGCAGACAAGUUACUGAACAUACUAGACCCUAAAAAGCAGCUGGUCAGGCACCGACUUUUCCGUGAACAUUGCGUGUGUGUACAAGGAAACUACAUAAAAGACUUAAACAUCCUUGGAAGAGAUCUUUCAAAAACCAUCAUAAUUGACAAUUCACCACAAGCCUUUGCCUACCAGCUUUCUAAUGGAAUCCCUAUAGAGAGCUGGUUCAUGGAUAAAAAUGACAAUGAACUCUUAAAAUUGAUUCCUUUUCUGGAAAAACUUGUAGAACUGAAUGAGGAUGUUCGACCUCACAUCAGAGACAGAUUUCGCUUGCAUGACUUGCUACCCCCAGAUUAAACAAGAAGAUUUUUUUCAAAUCACUGAAGGGGGGAGAAAAUGCAGGACCCUUAUGGACUAAAACAAAAACAUUGCCAUUACUGUUGAAAUUUUGCAUUUUUGUACCCCGUCUUGCUUUUCUUAUCUUUGGUGCCCAACAAUAAUCAAGGGUUACAGAAAGAGACUUUAUAUAUAUAUACAUAUAUAUCUAUAUAUAUCUAUAUAUAUAUCUAUCUCAGAUUGAAUACAUACAGUAGGUAGGCUAGAACAGAAAAGUCUUUAGAACUAGUGCAACUCCAGUGAAAUUUUUUUUAUGUCCAGGACAUCUGCAGUUUAUAAAGAAUUCUGUUUCUGCCACCAGCAGUUUGACCUGUAGAAACACAGGAUUUUAUGAUAAUAACAGAGAUGAAAAUGGACUUUUAUUUUCUCUCUGUUUGGUGCUCUAAGUGGGUUUGUAGCCACUUUUCUGUUACUUUAAGAUUCUCAUUUCAACAGGAAUGGCCAGUAAAAGUUGUUUUAUUUUUCCUGUUAAGGUUUAUAACCUUUUUACAUUUUUGACCUGUAUUAGAAUAGAAUUUCAUUAUGCAUUCCUUUUAGUUGAGGCGCUUCAUAGUUUUCUGGAAAUAGCCAAAUUUUAGUUUUUUAUUAUACAAUUGAAUGGCCGUUUUCCUGCUUUGUCUGCCUGCAUACUGUAUAUUUGUUUAAAAAUAUUCUCUAGUUUUAGUCCAUGUAAGUUUCAUUUAGAAAUACCUGCAUUUAUAUUUUGUUUCUGUAAUAUUCUACUGUAGUUGAAAUCUUUUCAAAAAUCAAGAGACUGGUAGAUAAGAAUAUAUGAAUGACUAAUAUUCAAAAGAUUUAAACCAUUGUGAUGGCAUGUAUUCCAGAUGAAAAUACCUUGCAGUGGCACAUAAUGUGACUGGAUAAGUCAUACCUCAAACUAUGCUGUGCACACAAAUCUUUGAGGAGAAUAUGUUUGGUCAACUAUUGGGCUUGAUGCAAUUUGGUUACUGCUGCCUUUGGUUUUCUCCAGGAAUGAAGUAUUCUGCACAGUUGCUCAGUAUUUUCAGUUGUUUUGCAUGGACUGGUAGUACCUCUGUUAUACUAUUGGUAACAAUCAGUUCAAACCCUGUGUAACAGUCUCGGUACCUCACAGGAGCUCUGCACACUCCUGUGGUGCAGAGCACCCCCAUGCUGCCAGUGCUGUGCAUAUGCUAUCAUAGUGGUUUUCUAUGUUAUAUGGAAAGAGUCUUCAGGCCUUGGUUCUCUAAUGCAGCUACCAUAAGAGGUUGAUAUUUUUAUAAUGGUGUGUAAUCUCCUUUUCAGGAGGCUUUUUAUGGAAGGUAGAAUUUGUAAAAGUUAGUAUGCUUGGCCUCUCGACUGCAUUAACAUGCCAUGGGCUCAGACUGUUUUUGUGUAAAGGAUGUCAAAGAACGGCACUUUUUCUAAAGAGAAGUUUGAUAUUUUGUAUGCUUGUUAAGAAAGUACAGUAUUGGAAAUUAAAGGUGGACAACUGAUAAUUGAGAAGUAUGUCAAUUAAUUUUUUAUGUAUAUUACCUGUUUACUUGUACAACUUUACUGUACAAAUUACAUGCAGCUUCAUUUUCAAAUGAGUCCUUAAAAUAAGGAAAUCUUUUUAGGAAAACAUUUAAUUUUUGUAUUUUUUGAUUUUAAAGGCAUGAGUUAUGUCAAUUUUCAGUGUAUUAAUGAAGAUUUUAACUUUUCAUCAGGUUGAGUGUUUUCUUACUAUAUUAUCUGUUGUGUAUGUAGUUAGCACAUUGUGUCACUGAACUGUUUAAAAAUUUAGCAUGUAGAAAAAGCCUGUUUUGUGGAAAAUCUUUAUUCAUUAAAAAAAAUCAUGGCAGAUUUUCUGCAAAAAAAGCGAAAGCAUUUGCAAUUCAGAAUACUGAUUUUUUUUUUGUAUUUAAAGAAAGGUAUUUUGCUUGCAGGAAAAGAUACUACAGAUUCAUUUUAAUGAGAAUCUUUGAAAUGUAUUUAUCUUAGGGCAUCUGGGCAUCUUUACGCUGUUUGUCUUCUGUCUUUAUUGAAAUAAAAUGUACAUAACAUUACCUUUA